AUGCUGCAUCUGUUUCGGAAGGCAUGGUCUUCUCAGCGAACAUCUCGAAUAGUUCUCAGAUGCCUCUCAACUAAAAACAAUGUAUCUGAUUUGUCCAAAAUUCGAAAUAUUGGUAUAUCUGCUCACAUUGACAGCGGCAAAACAACACUUUCGGAGAGAAUCCUAUUUUAUACAAACAGAAUAAAUGAAAUGCACGAGGUUAAAGGAAAAGAUGGAGUCGGAGCUGUAAUGGAUUCGAUGGAAUUGGAAAGACUUCGCGGUAUCACGAUCCAGUCAGCAUCAACAUUUACUACUUGGAAAGACUGUACCAUCAAUCUCAUUGAUACACCUGGCCAUGUUGAUUUUACAGUGGAAGUUGAAAGAGCACUUCGAGUGCUCGAUGGUGCAGUCCUCGUAUUGUGUGCUGUUGGUGGAGUCCAAUGUCAAACCCUCACAGUAACCAGGCAGAUGGAACGUUAUAAAAUACCACGGCUUGCAUUUAUAAAUAAACUCGACCGACAGGGAGCAGAUCAUGUUCGUGUUCUGAAACAGAUAAGAUCCAAGCUCAAUUUUAAUUCAGCCUUUAUUAAUAUUCCUAUGAGUCAAGAAACUAACAGUACAGGAAUAAUUGAUCUGAUCAGUGAGACAGCUGUUUACUUUGAGGAGCCAUUCGGUUUAACUGUAAGACAAGAUGCUAUUCCAUCAUCGAUGUUAGCCGAAACUAAAGAACGCCGAGCUGAAUUUAUUGAAUGUUUGGCCAAUGCCGAUGAUGAAAUAGGCGAAGCAUUUUUAUCUGAAAAGCCAAUUGAUCAAGCAACCUUAAAAGCUGCUGUACACAGAGCUACACUGUCGCAUCGAUUCGUUCCUGUUUUAGUUGGAUCAGCUUUACGCAACCGUGGUGUGCAAUUGUUACUUGAUGCUAUUGUGGAUUAUUUGCCUAACCCAGGUGAAGUAACCUACCAUGCUCUGAAUGAAACCUCUGGUGAGCCUCAAAAGGUUCUUCUUAAACCACAACGAACUGAUGAGAAUCCAUUUUUGGGACUUGCUUUCAAACUAGAAGCAAGCAAAUAUGGUCAAUUAACGUAUAUGCGAAUCUAUCAAGGUUGUCUACGUCGUGGUGAUGUGGUGAAAAAUUCGCGUACUGGUCGUCGUAUAAAAGUAGCUCGCCUUGGGCGAUUAAAUGUUACUGACUUAGAAGACUUGGAAGCUGUUUAUGCUGGAGAUAUUGCUGCACUUUUUGGCGUGGAAUGUUCAUCUGGUGAUACACUCGUUGAUGUAAAUAUGAAAGAACCAUUAGCCAUGGAAUCGAUGUUUAUUCCAGAACCUGUGGUAUCUAUGUCGAUUAAGCCGACAAACAAAUCAACUGUUGAAUCGUUUAGUAAAGGUUUAGCCCGAUUUACACGUGAAGAUCCAACAUUUGUUCUUUCACAGGAUCCAGAAACUGGUGAAUCAUUGGUAUCCGGUAUGGGUGAAUUACACUUAGAAAUCUAUGCUCAACGUUUAGCUCGAGAGUACAAUGCACCAUGUGUAUUAGGUAAACCUCGUGUGGCGUUCAGAGAAACUCUAUCCGAACCAUUUGAAUUUGAUUAUCUUCAUAAACGUCAGUCUGGUGGAGCUGGUCAAUAUGGUCGAGUAAUCGGUAUCCUGGAGCCUCUACCACCUGAUUCUUAUACAAAAUUGUUAUUUUCUGAUGAGACAGUUGGUACACAUGUCCCAAAAAAUUAUGUUCCAGCCAUUGAAACUGGUUUUCGUAAUGCUUGUAAUUCAGGCCAGUUGGCUGGACAAAAAGUUACCGGAGUAAAAUUUCGUCUACAAGAUGGUGACCAUCAUAUGGUGGAUAGUAGUGACUGGUCUUUUCAACAGGCUGCCGAAGGUGCUAUGAAACAAGCCAUGGAUGAAGGAAAAUGGUUAAUAUUAGAACCGAUUAUGUAUGUUGAAGCAACUGCACCAACGGAGUUUCAAGGCGCUUUAAUUACUAUUGUAACACGACGUAAUGGUGUUAUCGUCAGUACUGAAACUAAUGAAUGUGACGCUAUCAUUCAGGCUGAGGUACCAUUGAAUGAAAUGUUUGGUUUUGCUGGUGAAUUACGCAGUCUAACCGAAGGGAAAGGUGAAUUUUCCAUGGAAUAUCUAAAGUAUUGUCCAGCACGACAAGCCACUACAGACACACUGGUUCAAGAGUAUGAAGCACUUGUAGAGGCGAAAUUGAUUGCCAGUGGUAAAAAAAAUGUAACUACUGAUUUGUUGGUAACGAGGAGGAUCGUUUGCUGCGAGCUGGCGAUGAUUGGUACAAAAUCCCGAUGUGUAUAUACAUAUGUCUUUCGUACAUUAGACAGAACAGUUUAG